AUGGCGGCGAUCAAGAAAGGGAGUGUGAGUUUAGAAGGAGAAAAAGUCAUAUUAGUCCCUUACAUGGAAUCCCAUGUCCCCAAAUAUCACGAAUGGAUGCAAAACCCUUCUCUUCUUCAAGCUACUGCUUCCGAACCCCUUUCUCUCCAACAAGAGUAUCAGAUGCAACUCUCAUGGUCAUCUGAUCUCAACAAAGAGACUUUCAUUGUCUUGGAUAAGGAUUUGCUACUUGGAACCUUUUCACACGGUCAAUCUCACGUCGAAGCCAUGGUUGGUGAUGUGAAUAUUUUCAUGAAUGACAUGAAUAAUCCUCAAAUCGCCGAGAUUGAAAUUAUGAUUGCUGAACCAACCAGCCGUGGCAAAGGACUUGGAAAGGAGUCUGUUAUGAUGAUGAUGGCCUUUGCUGUUGAAAAGUUAAAGAUCAAUCUCUUUGAGGUUAAAAUUGGUGAUUCAAAUGUAGAAUCCAUCAACUUGUUCAAAAAAUUGGGGUUUGUGGAAACAUCACAUAGCAACAUUUUCAAAGAGGUGACUUUGGAGUUGCAAAUAACUCAAGCCAAGAGGGAGGAGAUGCUUGGUUUGAUGGGGACUCUGAUCAAACACAUAUAA